AUGACAAAAGUAUACAAGCAGACUGAUUUUGAUAUGCUGAAGAGCAAGGUUGAACAAUUUAAUGUUUGGAUAAAGGAAUAUUUAGAGUUGGCAGGAUAUGAAAAAUGGGCUAGGGUUGUAGAAACAAGUGAUUACGUGCACACUGUGAAUGACGAGGAUACAAUGUUUAUAGUUUUUCUUAAAACUAAAACUUGUACAUGUAUGAGAUUCCAGAUGGAAGAAAUAUUGUGUUCACAUAUUUGGGUUGUUUUAAAAAACGAACAUCUAGUUCCUGAUCCAUUUUGUUCAGAAUAUUACAAGCCAAAAAUGUUGUUGACUACAUACAACAUUCUUAUAUACCCUUUGUCUGAUAGAAACUAUUGGAAGAUACUUGAUCAUAUUGAGAAUGACAUUGUUCGGCCAUCGGAAUUCAAACGACAACCUAAAAGGCCACAAAAGAAGCUGUGUGACGAAGUAUACAAUGAGCUAUAUGGAAAGAAGAGUAAAAAUUCAUGUAGUACAUGUGGGAAUAAAUGUCACAAUAGGCGGUCGAGUAGGAAUGGACCACGUGUUACUUAG